AGCCUUCCCAUCACAAGUUUUGAGUUGUAAAGGUCAAUUUAUUUGAAACCAACCCUUCUUCUAACAAUCAUGGCCCAAACGGUACCUCCUGUUGUUGCACCCAUCUCAACAACCAGUCCCCCAUCUCUAAAGAUUUUAGCUUCAAAUGCAAAUUUGCUUCCUCGCAGGGAUGUGUUGGUUGGUGCAGUGUUUGGACUCGGCAUCGUGAAGGGCGAAAAGAGUGCAUAUGCAGCAGCAAGGCGUCUCCCACCCCCUCCCCAAACAGAGAAGAAGGACCCCAAUGUAAGUGGUGUACUGGCUAAAAUAAUAGCUAGUAAGAAGAGGAAGGAAGCAAUGAAAGAAAGCAUAACCCAGUUAAGAGAGAAAGGGAAGCCCAUCAACGAGCUGCCAAAUUAAAUUAUUACGAGUAUUAAGUAAAGUAGUUGGAAUCACAAUUAAGGCUUUAAGUGAAAAUUCAUUUGUUCAUCAAUGGCUGUUUGAAGACCUCAAUAUUAUAAUAAAACUAUUGUACUUGUCAAAGUUACCAAAAAA